CAGCUUACAGAGAAGGUGUAUUUGUGGGCGCUACACUACACCCAUCAUAAGGAUUUCUGUUGUAGGAUCUCGUGUUAAUCUGUCUUGGGUUCGUAACGUCAUUAACGUACAUGCACUGUGAUGUCUGUGACGGACUGGUACGCGCACAAGUCGCUUGAAAACGGCUUGUUUUGGAUCCAGGAGCGUUUCUACGAAUCGGGGAACAGAGCUAACAUCUGGCUGAUUCGCGGAUCUCAUCAGGACGUGCUGAUCGACGCCGGGCUCGGCCUCCGCAGUCUGCCUGAGUACAUCAGCGCUAAAGGCCUGCAGGGAGACGACGCCAAGCGGAAAAACCCGCUCUUGGCGAUCGGGACGCACGUGCACUUCGACCACUCGGGCGGAUUGCACCAGUUCCAACAGGUGGGCGUGCACGAGGCCGAGGUCGAUGCUCUGGCCAACGGAGACAACUUCGAGACGGUGACAUGGCUGUCCGACAGGGAGAUCGUGCAGAAUCCGUGCCCGGGUUGGACGGCCAGGCAGUACAGAGUAAAACCAGUGCAGCCCACACACAUACUACAGGAAGGCGAUGUCAUCAACCUCGGGGACCGGCAGCUGACGGUGCUCCACAUGCCAGGUCACUCCAGAGGCAGCAUAUGCCUCCAUGACAAGGACAACAAAAUACUGUUUAGUGGAGACGUGGUCUACGACGGCUCAAUGAUCGACUGGCUGCCCUACAGUGCCGUCGGUGACUACGUGCGCAGCUGCCAGAGGCUGGUCGAGAUGGUGGACAAGGAAGAAGUAGAGCAGGUCAUGCCUGGCCACUAUAAUGCUUUUGGGGCCAAGAGGCUUCACCGACUGGCUUCCACCUACAUCUCCGGUGCAGGAACAUGUCACAAGUUGACUUCCUGUGCCGUGAAGUCUGUAGCCAGCCUGGCACUUCGAGCUUCCAACUCCUGCUGUGCCUGUUACUAGAUAUUAGAACUAUAUGCAACAAUAUACUACAAUAUAAUUCAGCACCGAGCAAAUAAGGAUCAGCUGAGAUGAAAGGUGCAAGCGUGGAGUUUGUCUGGUGGAUACUCAACUGAUUGGAAUUAAAAAUGAAAAGGUAAUUAUAAGGCAUAGGUUUAGAGUAGAAUUUCCAGGUACAAAUAUUGUUUAGUCCAUCAAGUUAUGAUAUAAAAGUCAGACACUUAAGACCAAGUCCAGAGUUAAGAUGACAUAGGUCCAAGGCAAAAUUGUACAUUUGCUUAGAAAUGUCCGUCUACCUUGUGUUUAAUGCGGCAGCUGGUAAUGAAUUUUAACUGUACCAUUUAUAUUAACUAAGAUCUGAUCUCUACGAUGAAGCAUUCUUCCUUAUUACAGAAUGUAGCAUAGAUUUUCACUUGUUUAUAGUUUUUGAAUUAUUGAGCUGCGUUUCUUUUUCAUAAUCAAUACCUGAGCACUGUUGUGGACCAGUUCAGUCAGAAUUUUACCUCAGUUUAUAUGCACACUAACGAGUAAAUCCUUGCAGAUCAACAUUACAUUGACACUUUGGUUACAUUCUUGUAACCAAACAAUCCUGCUUAACCCAAACUACAAUUGUUCAGCUCUCUUAUUACACUCUAACAUUUAAAAAGUAAGAAUAAUACACUGCAGGGUGAGCUGUACGAGGAAAAUAAUCAAUGACAAGGUGGUGUGAUGCAAUGGCGAGGGCUGUUAACCACCCCAGAGCCGAUUAUUUAUAGCAAUAGCAGUAUGAUAUUUAAAUUGGCAGUUUUCCAAAUCUAACAAAAAUCAAAUUUCUCCCUAAUAUUAAUCUUUAUUACUAUUAUUAUUUUUCAGCUACUAACCAGGAAGGGUGAAAGCUAUCACACGCUUUCCUUUGAGUGAAAGCCGACUGCAUCGGUUUUGAACCGCUGCUUAGUGAUGUGGAAUAAAACACUCAGAGGAAGUCUUGUCUUCUGUUUUCCACAUGCACAAGCUCACAGAAGCCCAUGAUUAGCUAGCGUCAGUGUCACUGACAGAAAAGAGAGUAAAACACAGACAGCACAUACAAUUUUGCUCUCCUUGACUUAGAGCCAUGAAUGUGGCUUUGGACCUUCAAACUGUUAUCAUCGAUCAUUUUUUUUCUUUUCAGGAUAGAACAGUUAAAGAAAUCUAAAGCUGUAACCCUGAUGGUUACAAAACACAUCGGUGACUCCUUCAUAAAUGAAGCAAAUUCUCCUCACAGGAAACUUCAUAUCAACAAUUCCAUACAUUUUUUUGAUAGCAAAUGAGGAUCAGUAAGGUUCAAAUAUUUAUAUCUCUUUUUAAACUGUACAUCACAGACAGAGUCAUUCAUAUAUUUUGUGUCUAUUGAAAAAUAUUCUCCAGACCUCAUUCGAGAGAAGACUUUAGUCUGCUUUCCAAGUGGGACAGUCUGGAUCUCUAGAGCACGCUAAAGCAAACGCUGUCUGAAAUUUCUGCUUGCUAAAAUUACCCAGUUAGAUAGCUUUGUCCAAAUGCACUGCAGACAUACAAUAGACAUAUAUACAGUGUUUACGCCACAUCACAUAAGCAAGUGUGUGCUUAAAUGAAUGUGAAUAUUUAAUAUAACCACACAAAUGUAAGUGUGAUAUUGUUUUUGUACAGUGCUUUGGUUAUUUUGUGAUCGUAUAAAGGAAACAAAAUGAAGCAAACUGCAAUAAUCUGAGGAGUUUGCAGUUUUUCUAAAUUACCACAGAUUUUACCACAGAUUCAGUCGUGUUGUGCGACACACAUUCAGCAAAAAACCUCUUUGUCUGUCAUCGAAAUACAUGUGACUUCACUUGUAGGAGAUUAAAAGAAGUCCAAGUAGUUUUCCAGUGAAAAAAAAACGAAUUUAACUUUAUAUCACAUAAAUAAACUCGUCUCCAUAGUCCAUAAUGUCAGUUACUUGAAUCUCAAGGAACUGACAUUAUGGACACAAUAUGGACAAAUGUUCUGUAUAUUUUUUACUCCGUUAGUGGAAAUAGAUUCUGAAGGAGCCACAUCACGACAGCUAGCUCACUAGCUAGGACACAGUGAUUCGUUCAUUCCAGUUAAAUGUUGUAGCAGUGUUUGUGCCAUUCGCUCUUGAUGAUGUAGCAACAAGCUCACAACACAUUGACUUUAUAUAUGCAGAGACAACCACAAAACCUCCAGACUGGUUAUUGACUCAGUUCACUCAAGUCUUUCUUAAAUCCAAACGAACAUCUGCAUCACGUUGGAAACUUUUUCAAUGUGAGCCUCAUAUUCAUUUUUAAUCCAGUUCAGUCGAGUAUCUCAUAACUUCACAGAACAUCCAGGACAUGCAGACUUCACCAGACUACACGCCAUCUCACGUGUUCGGAUGAUCCUGAAAGUGUUACGAUUUUAUCGUAGGAUUUCAAAAUGUACAGAAAAGUUCUUUGGACUUAAGUGUGAAGUGACAAAAAAGUAGAUGUAGAUGAAUAUUAACACAUUUAAUGUACCAAACGAAUGUAUUUCUGAGCAAGUGAAUUUAAAGGUUGUCGUGUUGAACGGGUGACAAUCUUCCAUGUUUUCCAUCACCCGGUUAAUGAUGAAGAUAUUUGUAAAUAUUAAACGUUUGCUGAAAUAGAAACAGGGUAUAGCUGCUGAGUAUAAUGUAGAGAAAGGUGUGCAGAUGGUUGUGUUCAUGUUUCGUGCCAAAGCCAACCCUGCAUGCGCCACUGGUAAAGCACAGAAUUGGUCAAUACAAAAUAAUCUAGAAACUUGGCGAUGAAUCAAAUGAUUAUAUUAUUAUAUAUAAAUUAUUAUUCAUUCAUGUUAAGUUAAUGUAAUACUUGUAAUACAUUCUUUAAUACUUUUUUCCUUGUUUUGGUUCACUUUCCACCAGUGUAUGGCAUGCAUGUGUUUAGACACGUUACUGUAUUUUUCUUCCGCAAGCAAAAAUUGUUACUUAUUUCAGUAACAAUUUCUAGAAUUUCUAAUGAUGCUGUGUACAUUUAUUUAUAAUAACUUUAUGUAGUGUACAUUCAUAAGGCAUUGCACAGUGUUUUUAGUGUUUUUGAAAAUGCAUUGCAUUUAUUAUGCAUUAUGAAGUGUGUAGUGCACAUGAGAUCUUGUCCUUGGUGGUUCAGUGACAGGAUCUCUUUCACUAGUUUCGUUCUCCGGCCAGGUAACCGACCCGGUCACUGAGGGGUUGACUCUUCUCCUCUGUGAAGCUUGGUUUGUAUUGUUUAUUAUUUUUUAUUUCUAACAGAAUGACGUAUAUGUAGUAUUUGUAUGAGUAAGUGAAAAGCUAAAGUUAAAAAAGCCAAAAUGGAUAUACUUUUAAUUCUGUAAAAAUCCAUCAUGCAUAAUGAUCAUUGCUUUGAACUGAAGUACAUUUUCAGAAAUAAUUAUAAAUGCUUAUAAUGCCUUAUGAAUGCAUUAUGAUCUUUCUGUCAGUGUUCAUAUAAAGUGUUAGGUGUUUUUUCUUUGUUUGAAUAAGUCGGUGUGCCUGAGUGUUGGUGAAACAGGUUUCCACAUUUACCAUGCAAAUACCUUGUUGACCUCUCUUUGCAAACAGAAGUUGAUCGUGCGUUCCUGUUCAGCUCGAUGUCUUGCCCAUGGUUUGCAAGGAUAAUGCUUUUAUUCUGCCUCUGAUUUAAAACUCUGCAGAUCUUUUGUAUGGACAUGGAAAGGUAUAAUGACAUGCCAUACAGAGACUGAAAGUCAUGUGUUUUUGUUGCCUUCUUCUUGUUGUAUUAUACCUCACAGUAACAUAUUACAAGGCAUAACUCUAAGAAUAUGUGGCAUUAACCCUGACAGAUACACAUCUGGUGUAGUGUUCGUGUACGGUGUUGAUAUUAAUGCUGCUGGAAACCUGUAUAUUUGGACUAUGUUGCUGCUCAGGAAUCCUGUCUAAAAUCAUGCGUUUCGAGCAGAGCCAUACUGUACCAACGCUAUAUUUAGUGCCUCUAAGAGUGUUAACACAAUGAUGAUACCUCACACUGCUGUAGCUACAGCUGGUGAAAUACACGGGCACCUGGUUAUCAGUGUACAAUAUACUGGCUUUCUAUUCUCAA